CACAACCUUGCCAACAUCUCAAAUACAGCGGCUUUCAUUACUACAGCGUGUUACUCGGCUGUACCAACCACCGCGCGUCAAUCAAGGCGACACUCAAUGGAAUCAUCUACGAACAGAACAGAACAGGAGAUACAGAAACAACUAGAAAUUCGGAGAGAGAUCGAGCGCUUGCAAGCUCAGCUUACACCCUUUCCCGACUCCGCCAACGAUGUAAUCGGAUCUCCCAAGAGGAAACAGUCAUCUGAAGCUUUGCUCGCACCCGCUACGCCAUCUCCUAAGAAGAAGAGGAGGGUCGAUCAUGCAGGACAUACACACCAUUCAUUACUUGGCAGAACGAGUGCCACCUCAGGGUCCCUCUCAGCAUCUGGAGCUCGGAGCGUGAAUUCUCGGCCUUCGGGUAAAGGUCCGAUUGCUGCAGUGCAAUAUCAGAAACCUGCUCCCUCGAAUCUCCUGAGCAAGCUUUCUAAAUUAUCAGGCGGCACAGCAAAGCAAGAACAAGCAAAUUCAGCUCAAAGGUCUCACAGCUUAUUGGCUCGGCCCGAACCUGAGCUUUCCAUUGCUUCAAAUCCCAAAAUGAUUGCAGUGCCACCUAGUGCCUCCCAGCCUGUUUGGGACAUUGUGCCGAACAGAGAUGACCGACUGGCUAUCAUCGAGCAGCUUAAAGUCGGCCCCAUGGAUCACAAGCCGCCGCUUGACGAUCCCCAUUUUGAGCGACUUGAGCCAAAUUCUGGCAUCAGACUUUCGUCUCGUUCAUUAUCGCACGAUGAUUUGCAGGAGUAUCUCCGAGGUCGAUAUUACCUCUCACCGUCUACAUUUUACUCUUGCAUACGACUGUUACCCAACCAGUCAGGCUACGAUGUGCCCGUCGAAGGUGACUGGAUCACUAUCGCUGUAGUUGCAGAGCGGGGCCCUAUAAAGACUACGCGUGCCCCCGUAGACAUCGCUCCUGGCGACGAUGGACGUGCAACCGACGAUGAAGGAGGCUCCAGUAACACUAACGAUCGUAAAGCUGGCGACAAUUCUCGUACCCAGGACCCGCAGAAACAGAAGUCCUCGAGAACUCAUGGCAAAAAAUUUGUCAAUAUGAAAUUAAUUGACUUCGGGGCGCGUUCACGACCGUCGUCAUCGGGCGCAGUGACCAUUCGAGGAGACGCAUUUCUGACCCUCUUGCUAUUCGAAGCUGAUAGUUUUGACCGUGUCACGAGCGACGAUGGCAAAGUCAAGAAGCUCUACAAAGGUGGCAGCAAAGGCGCUUUCGAAUCGAUGUCAAAGCUUAAAGAAGGGGACGUCAUCGCUCUUCUCAAUCCAAAGGUCCUCAAGCCCUUCCAGCGAAACAACAAAAACGGCAAACCGCACCCAACCGACAACAUACUCGCUGUCACACCCGAGUCCGCCGAAUCCAUUGCUGCCAUCGGACGUGCACAAGACUUGGGCAUGUGCAAGGUGCUCAAACGCGACGGAAAAAUAUGCGGAAGCUGGACCGACAAGCGAGUGAGCGACGUAUGCGACUGGCACUUGACGAACGCUGUGCAACGGCAAAGAGCCGGGCGAGCUGAGUUCUCUGCAGGGACCUCUGGAAUGACAACUUCGUCAUCAAAGAAACGCAAAGCAGAUUAUGAUCCGCAACGCCAGUGGGGACUGAAGCCUUCUGAAGCAUCUGGCUCGCGUGGAGACAAUACCACGUACGUUGUCUCAGGGCACGUCGUGAGCGGAUCGAAUCGGGAUGUCUCGUCAAUGUUUGUCGCUGAGAACAUGGGGCGCGAAGGCCAGGCGCGCGCGAAGCGAAAGCUGAUGCAGGAUGCUGAUCGCGAGCUAAAAGGCCUACUCGAGAGGGACCAGGAAGGCAUGCGUGCUGUUGCCAAGGCCAGGGAGAUAGGCGCGAUGAGGGCGAAGCGAACCUCUGAUAGUGCUAAGGAUAAGAAGUCCUCAAAGCAGAAGCAAGCCGCGAGAGAUUUAGAUGGUAUUUCAGAAUCUGAUUAUGCGGAGACAUCGAAUGCACCUCAGACGAAGCUGGCCUAUUCGGCAGAUAUCAUUAAGAAGCUUGGAUUCGAUCCUGCAGCGAAAACAGGGCAAAAGCGGGCAGUGCAGUCUUCUGUGCAAGAUAAAAUUGCAGCUCUCGCAGCUGUCCGUGAGUCCCGGAAGGAAAUUAAUCUUGGUCCGCGACCAGGCCCUAGAAUUCGUUCUGGGGUGACUGUUCCUGCGUUCAUGCUAGAACAUGAACUGGACAAUGAUGAUUGUGGUGAGGAAGGAGAUGACAAUGUCAGUACUGGAGAUGGACAUGAAUGUGACGAGUUGAUAGAUCUCGAUGACUGAUUCAGAGGUCACAACGGACAGGUAGUACUCAGAGAUACAGACAGCCCUAGUUUUCACUUGCAUCUCUUCACGUUGGCAAUGCAACUUGAUGUGGUGCCAAAGGAGCGUGUCGUGCAAGAAGAUUCUGCUGCUUGUACUCAUAC